GGGAGAGAAGCGCGGGCCGCGGGCAUCAGCUGGCCACGUAGUUGUCACGUCCUGCACAUUGGUGGUCUGACAGGCGGGUGGAAGUUGGCUUCUCCUCUGUUGUGUCUUUCUGUCGCAGAUUUCGGUUAGUAUUGAAAGAACAUUACACAGAAAAUGAGGAUAAAUUCGGGAGAAAAGCAACACCAUAUCAUCAGAUUGACCACAAUGUCAUCUUCAAUUUCUGACAAAGAUGCUGCUGAAGCUUCAUCAUCUACAGGAGCAGGAGGAGGAGGAGGAGGAAGCUACAUUAAGUCUGGCUUUAUUGACGUCACAAAUAGACAGGGCAAGGAAAGCUCAUCAGCAUUCUCUAAAGCAUUCACCAACCUGAAGAAAUCAGAGUUUUAUGAAGAACCUCCACCAGAAGCAAAGGCAACAGGGGAACCAAAACAGAAACCACUGAGUAAACCUGCAUCCAAAAAUUCAAUUGUUGUUAAUCCUAAACAAAGAGGAAACCCAAUACUAAAGUUUAUCCGCAAUGUUCCGUGGGAGUACGGAGAGAUAGUGCCUGAUUAUGAAAUGGGAGCCAGCAAUUGUGCCUUGUUUCUCAGUCUUCGCUACCACAACCUGAACCCGAACUACAUCCACGAGCGCCUGAAGCAGCUUGGCCAUCAGUAUGAACUUCGGGUCCUCUUGGUGCUGGUUGAUGUUAAGGAACCACACCAUGAGCUGAAGCAACUGACAAAGAUCUGCUUUUUAGCUGAAAUGACCCUCAUGUUGGCAUGGAAUCAGGAAGAGGCAGGACGCAUUAUUGAAGUUUACAAGAUAUAUGAGAAUAAACCACCAGAUAUGAUCAUGGAAAAACAAGACUCAAAUCCAUACUCAAUGCUUAUCGAUACACUGACGUCAGUGAGAAGCAUUAAUCGCACUGAUGCAAUGACACUCCUGUCAACAUUUGGCUCUCUAGAAAAAAUAGUUCAAGCAACUGAAGAGGAGCUGUUUUUGUCUGGGAUGGGUCCUCAAAAGGCAAGUAAACUGUACAAAGUCCUGCAUCAGAACUUUAAAAAGUGACCAGGGUCACAAAUCAGAAAAUGAAAUCUGCUAUUUUAACCUAUUUCGAGAGAGAGAGAGAGAGAGAGAGAGAGAGAGAGAGAGAGAGAGAGAAAUAUGGGCUCUGUCUAAUGAGGUGAGGAGAUGUGGAAUGGGAACUGUGAUGAA